GAGUACAACUUUCUCUCCUCUAAGUCUCUUCCUAUUUAUUCAAUUCCCUAUCAAGCUGCCAUUUUAUUUUUUUCAACUUGCUUGUCUAAAGGUACCUCUCUCAACAAUUUCUCCUCACCCCACCAAACUUUAAUUUUUUUUCUCUAGUUUCCACGUAGGUUUGUUUGGAAAGAAAAAGCUUUACAGCUUUAAAAAAGAGUUUUUCUUCCAAACCAAAACUCUGUGUUUGUUGAAGAUAAGAUUUUUAGUUAACGUACACAUGGGAAGACACUCUUGCUGCUACAAGCAGAAGUUAAGGAAAGGUCUUUGGUCUCCAGAAGAAGAUGAGAAACUUCUCAAUUACAUUACCAAACAUGGUCAUGGAUGUUGGAGUUCAGUCCCUAAACUAGCUGGUUUGCAGAGAUGCGGAAAGAGUUGCAGAUUAAGAUGGAUAAAUUAUUUGAGGCCUGAUUUGAAAAGAGGAGCAUUUUCACCACAGGAAGAGAAUUUGAUCAUUGAACUUCAUGCCGUACUUGGUAACAGAUGGUCUCAGAUUGCGGCGCAAUUACCAGGAAGAACAGACAAUGAGAUUAAAAAUCUAUGGAAUUCAUGUCUGAAGAAAAGGUUGAGACAAAGUGGCAUUGAUCCAAACACUCAUAAACCACUUUCUGAGAUUGAAAAUGACAAUGAAAAACCAAACAAAAGUAAUCAAAAAGCCACAGUUUCAUCUAAUGAAGUUAUGAAUUUGGUAAUUGAACCUACAAAACCAUACCCUCUAGAAGUUUCAACAAGCUCUAAGAUCAAUUGCAACAACAGUAGUAGCAGCCAUGAAUUAUUCCUAGAUACAAGGUUUGGUUCUUCUACAGGUUAUUUUUCUUUUCAGAAUUUGAACUAUGGAUCAAACAUAGGAAUUUCUGAAAAUCCAAAUGCAUCUAUUUGUUUCACACCAACUUCAACUUCUUCUUCACAAAUGAUAACAGAUAACAAUUCUGUUAUAAACUCGGAUAUUCUCCAUUCUGUUUCAAACACAAUUUUCCAAACACCAACACAAGUAAAACCAACUGUUUCCGUAUCCUCGGACGGAGUUCAUAACUGGGAAGCAAUCAACUACAGCAACAUUAACAACACGAACAAAACCGCUGGAAACAGCGUAAACUACCUUGACAACGGCGCUGUACCGUUACAAGAAGAAAUGAAAUGGUCUGAAUAUCUUAACACACCAUUUCUUAUGCAGAAUCAACCUUCUCAAUCUAUCUACACUGAGAAUAAACCAGAAACAGGUUUCAUAACAGAUGAGUCAUGUACUAGUUGGCAGCAACAACAAACAAAUUUUCAACUUUCUGAUAUAUAUAGCAAAGAUCUGCAGAGAUUUUCAGUGGCUUUUGGACAAACUCUGUAGAUUGAAAGAGACAAAGAUGGUGAUGGAUAUAUAAUUCUCUAUAUGCAUGAAUGAACUAUAAUAGGUCAGAAGUUUCUUAUGUUCUGACCACAGGUGUGUGAUGUAAAUUUCUGUUUUGAUAAAACUUCCAUAUUGUAUAUGUGUCUGAUACCAAAAAAAAAAAAAAAGUUUUCAGCAUUAUUAUGUUAUAGUAUAAUAAUUGUGAUUGAUUUCAGCUUGUUCCAAAUCAUUUUUUUUUACCUCAAGCAUAGAGGUAAUACUUUAGAAUAAGGCUUGUUCCAAUUAGGCUUCUCUUCUUGCAAGAUUCUUCAGUUAAUAUUAUUAUUAUGGAUGUGUAUUAUGAUGUGA